ACUCAAGAAGAAGAGGAGCUCCGCUGUUAUGUGUUCGUUCUUGAUCUGUGAAACAUAAACACGGUCUUUUUUUUCUCUUCGUGUUUUUUUCUUCCAUUCGCAGACGCCAACUUCGCCAAAGUUAAGGAACUUUCUAAUAGCAUCAGCCACAUUCGGCUGCAUUAUUAAAUUGAUCGUUUCAACAGUGUCUUAUUCGAGCGGUUUUGUUAGUUAUGUUUUGUAAAGUUAGAGUGGGUUUGUCCACGGCGGCUUCAGUCAGGUUCCCCAGCUGUACAAAUCCGACAGUGAAACUGGUGAUGCCAGGGUUCUGCAGUCACCAGCCGAGGAACCUCAGCUCCGAAUCUGCAGGUGUCAGGGUAUUGUAUGAUGGGUUGUGUCCCAUCUGCAUGACAGAGAUCCGCUUCCUCCAGUUCCUGCAAAGAAACCAACCGGGGAAAGUUCAUUUUAUUGACAUCUCUAAGCCAGGCUACAACGGGGCAAAAUACAAUGAUGUCACCUAUGAGAUGGCCAUGGAGGAGAUGACUGUAAUCGAUGAGAAAGACGAGGUCCAUCGCGGCGUUCCAGCGUUUGCAGUGAUGUAUGGCGCCGUUGGGCUCGGCUGGCUGGGCCGCUUUAUGAUGUGGUCACCGGUGAGGCCGUUUAUGGAUAAAUCAUACGCCAUCUUUGCAAGGAAUCGACUUAAGUGGACUGGACGGGCAGAGGAUUGCACCACAGGACGCUGUGAAAAGAAAUCAGUUGACUCUUCCUGACUUCAUUAAUAAAAUUAGCUACUGUAUUGAUAUGAAUGUGUUGCAUAUUGUGCUGCUGGAAAAUCUAAUUAAAAUGCUGGAAUGUAGGUGUGG